ACAUAAAUUUGAACAACAAAAUAAAAACCUGAAAGUGCCAGAUGUAUUGCUUUCCUUACGAGACAAGUCUCACCAUACGGGUGAACAACAGGUCUCGUUCUUGUCUGCGACCAGUCCGUCCGCUCCCCGAGUCCCCGUCCCAUAGUCUCGUAGUCGUCAGUCAGUCGUCAGUCUCGCGCGUCGCGACGCAGGACAGGACUUUCAGUUUUCGUUAAAAAUGUCUGAAGAGAAAGGAAAGGAGAGAGAGGAGGCAUGUGGUGCAGUGCCGAAAAAAGCGAGACGGAAACAGAAAUAUAGGCCCGAGUGGGACAAACAGUUUCCGUGGGUGGGGCCUGCAAAGAAGGAUGCUUGUAAGGCCAUGUGCCUUAUUUGCAGUGUUGAAAUAACCGCCCAGCUCACAACUCUCAAGUUGCACGAAAACACUGCAAAGCACAAGAAAAUGUGUGCGCCAUCCUCAUCCAAAAUACUUAUGGAGUCAUUUACAAGUGCACGUGGUGAUAAUGAAACUAGUAAAAGUGAUUCUGUUAAGGCUGCUGAAAUAAGGCUUACUGCAUUUAUGGUGGAACACAAUAUAAGUUUCCGUGUGGCCGAUCAUCUGUGUGAAGUCCUGAAAGGUUGCUUCUCUGACUCCGCUAUUGCAAAGGAAUUGAAAAUGAAAAGAACAAAAUGUCAAAGAGUGUGUGGUAAUGUUAUGGCACACUCUCACAAACAAGAGCUCAUUAACAUCUUGAAGCAGAACAAGUUGAGCAUUCUUGUGGAUGAAUCCACAGAUAUAUCGGUCUGUCAGAAUUUAUGCAUCAUGCAACUGGACGAUGAGUGGAAGAGGCUUGCCGUAGAAGAUCUGCCUGAAUCCAUUACCAACAUGGCGAAAAAGUGGACAAAAGCAAUUACAACCAGCCUGAUAAAUUUUGGUGUGCCAUAAAAACUCUGGAGGAUAGUGAUGGAAACCCCAAGUUUAAGCUUGUUUCAGACUUUUCACUAGGAUGUCUUUCUUUGCCUCAUGCUAAUGCUGACUGUGAGCGCUGCUUCUCUAGUGUCAACCGUGUGAAAACAAAAGACAGAAGUAUGCUAAUAACAGAAACCGUAAGAGACAUCAUACUAGCGAAGCAGUGUGUUGCUUCCACAUCCAGCAGUGACUGUACGACCUUCAAGCCAUCAAUCAAAGUCAAUGAUAAAAAACAUGACAUCAAGCGUGCUAUAUUCCUCCAAUGAAGAGAGUGCCGGGGCUGCUGACGACGUGCCGGAUGUAUAUAUAGAAGAACAAGACCAGUAGUCUCCUACAUAGUAAGUAAACAACUUAACGAAGUGUCCUGUAGUUUUUCUCCAAUUAUUAAUGAUAUGUAUUUAGGAAAGUGUUUUGUUUGUUAAGGGCAUUGUUGUUUUUUUUUCAUUACACACACACACACACACACACACACACACUCUCUCUCUCUCUCUCUCUCUCUCUCUCUCUCUCUCUCUCUCUCUCUCUCUCUCUCUCUCUCUCUCUCUCUCUCUCUCUCUCUCUCUCUCUCUCUCUACAGGUGAGGGAGCACACAAGUGUAGCAGCUAACAGUUUCUGUGUAAUUGUCGUGGUGGUGACUUUCCUCCUCAUAUUCUCGUCCAGGAAGGGAAAGGCUGCCCUCGUGUUCCUCACCAUCCUGUUGUGUCACCAACUGUGUUGUCUGUGUGCUUGUUUGGUGAUGACUGGCCCUGCAUCACUGCGCCCUCGUCUUUGCUCCUUCACUGCUGCCAGCUGUGCCCGUGGUCAUGAUGACGGUGGUGAUGGUGAUGAUGGCGGCGAGCGAGACAUUCAAAGGAGGGCGUUCACGUGCGUGGUGGUGAGCAGGUGAUGAUUGGAGAGGCACAGAACAUUCAGGAUGGAGGAGGAGGAGGAGCAGGAGUCUUUGUGUAUAGGAAGGAGAGGAAUGUAAGAGGAGAAAAGAUAGAUGUAGGCAGCUCUGUCA